UGUGUGGUGAAAAACGAGGAAAAUCAGCAUAACCAGCUCAUCGUCACUAAUAACUCCCUGAAGAUCGUUUUAACCCUGUUGCAUUCGACGAUCAAGUGUUUACGCGCGUGAGUGUGUGUCUGUGUGCAGCGAGCAGCAGAGCGAAGGGAGAAAAAGGUCUCCCGCGCAGGAAAAGUUAGUCAAAAUUCCAGUCCCGACGCGAAGCCAUAGAGAAGGCUCCUCCUUGAGCCGCUCGGACGAUAACAGCGAAAUGAGCAAGCGCAACAAAACUCGCCCCGGUCCGGCCAGGACCCAGAGGCAACGUUCAAUUCAAGCGGACGGCAUUUACAACAAUGCUCCGUUCAUGCAUGCAGCCACAUCGCAUGUAGGGAAUAUUGUCCAGAUACAAACACCGGCCGGUCAGAUAUACGAAGGAGUGUUCCGGACAUUUUCCUCACAGUUUCAGAUUGUGCUGGAAAUGGCACAUCGCGUUGAGAUCGGAUCCGACCAGAAGCCAAAAAUUAUCGUAGAAUCUUUCGUCGAUCGUCUGAUCUUCAAACCAAACGACAUAGUGACGCUAGCCGCGAAAGACGUCGAUCCAGAGGACGCGACGAGGGACACAUUCAAAACCGAUACGGCCAUUUCGCGGUGCAACGGCACGAACUGGCUGGAGGACCGAGUGCUCGAACCGUGGGACGAGAGUGGCGAUGUGAAUGGUGAAUCACUGGAGCACAGUCUCGAGCUCGACUCGAACGCCGAAGGUUGGGACGUGAAUGAUAUGUUCCUGAAGAACGAACAGGUGUACGGUGUGCAGUCUACGUUCGAUCAAUCCCUGUCCGGGUACACGGUUCAAAUCCAGAAGAAAGACAGCGAAGAGUUUAAGGUGCAGGAACAGGAGGCGGAAAAGAUUGCCAACGAGAUAGAGAACAAUCCGGUGUAUAAGGAGCGCAUCGAUAUCGAGAACGGUGACGAAGAGGCCGCCUUUGCAGCGGUCGUCCGUCCGAACAGUAACGCCAGCCCACAGCCAGCCGCCACUCAACAGGGCACGGGCGGUGCUGCUACCGAUAAGAACUCGAACAGCGUGGGAAACAACAGUAGUAGUAACGCAGCAAAUAGUAAUAGUAACGGAAACAAUAACCUUACGAACAAUACAAGCAAUUCGACCAACAAUAACAAUAAUACGGCGAUGCCGAAGUACAUAGUGCCGGCGAAGCGCAAAACGGGACAGCCUGGUGGCAAGCUACUAGUUCGUAGCCCAUCCCUGGCCAACAGUAACAACAAUAACGGAGGUUCGGCAGUGGUGACGGCACAGCAACAGCAGCAGCAGCAGCAACAACAACCGCCCAGUCCACAGGCGCCGCACAAGAACAGUUACGGUCAGAUGAUGUCACAACAGCAGCAGCAGCAGCAGCAACAGCAACAACCUCCACCAGGCGGUCAGCAACAUGGCGGUGGUGGUGGUGGUGGGGGUAUGGGUCAUCCGCCUGGUCCUCAGUAUGGCAUGCACCCGAAUCAAUCGCCCUAUGGGCACGCGCAACAUCAACAGCAACAGCAACCCCCUCCGCAACAUGGCCAGCCAUCGGUCAUGAACUCGAAUAAGAUGAAUGGCGAUGGUAGAGGCGAUAUGGCCGGUGGUCCACCAGGAGGUGGCGGUGGUGCUGGUGGAAAUAUGAAUGUAAAUAGCAACCAGAAGCCUCUUCCCCAGCGUGGAGUGCGGCAGUACGCGAAUGCACCGGCGCCAGUGACGUACAGUGAGCCGCCACCAUCACUUAACCCACAACAGAUGCCUGGACAGAUGCAGCCCAUGUCGACGAAGCCACCGAUGCAUCUGACCCAUCCACAUCACGCAGUUGUGCCGCCGCAUAUGCCACCGCCGAAUGUUGUGCCAGCCGAGCAUGUCGUGAUUCAGCAGCAUCCUAUGGCAAUGCCACCGCCGGUGCAGCAACAGCAACCGCCGCCACCCCAACAGCAACAGCAGCCACAGGUGCAGGCGCCACCGCCCCAACCCCAACGUACGGUUGUCGUUCGGAAUCGGGACAUGGAAAUUGACAAUCUGCGCAAGUUUGGACAAGACUUUAAGCUGGCACCGCCCCAGCAACAACCGCCGAUGCCAAACGUACAUCAGCAACCGCCACCUCCGGCUCCACAACAACAGCAACAGCAGCAGCCACAGCAAGGACCACCCCCGCACAACGUUGUUGUCCAACAGGCGCCACCUCCUCAGCAGCAACCCGACCACGCAACGCCACCAUCGUUGGACAGUUCGCCCCCGUUAGUUAACAGCCAGCAGCAGGGCAAAAUGGUGGUAUCGGCACCGCACAGCGAGCCACCGCCCCAGGCGGCACCAUUGAACCAGCAGCAAAACCAAGCCUCGCAAACCGCUUCGGGUAUGGUGGUGGUGCCAGCACAGAUGUCCUCCCAGUCGCCACACCUGGUACAGCAACCUCCUCCGGUCGUGCAGCAGCAACCAGGCCAACAGCAGCCGGUAGUUGUAGGUGGUUCGCCGCCCCAGCAACAGCAACCGCAAACGAAUCAUGUCGGCGGUGCUCCUGGCGUUGCGUCCGCUGUAACGGGCCCUGGUGGUCAAAAUGCGGUCGCUGGUAGCGUAACGCCUAACGCUGCACCAAACGGUAAUGCGAAUGGCGUUGGCACUCCCGAUGGAACGUCCGCCAAUGGAAGUGCCAGCGGGGAACAGAAGCCUGGUGCGGCCCCAAAGAAGCCGUUCACAUUAAAUCCGACAGCGAAACCAUUUAUUCCCCGCAGCCCAAGCACUCCCAACCCGUCACGUCACACGUCUUCUAGCCCGCACACGCCGCAAACGCCGGGCCCAGCCGCGUUAACGCAGGGCUCCUUCCAGCCACCAUCACCGCAUGUCCUUCCGCAGCAGUUCGUGAUGUCGUAUGUGGUGAAUCCGUCCUCUUUCCCAACCGCCCAGCAACACCAACAGGUGGCACAGCAGACGCGCAUCCGCAAUGGCCGACAAGGUAGCUACCGGAAUGACAUUUUUCCAGUCGGUGCGUCGCAGAUGCAGGUGGCCGCCGCAACCGGACAGCCACUGUUGGCGCCUAAUCCCAUACAAAUGAUUACCACACAGUACGGGCCGACAAUCCACCAACCGUUCCAAGCGGCGCCACCAUUCCAUCAGCGGUACAUCUACGACACACCGCAACCGGCACCGCUUCAAUAUCUUGCCGCUACCCCGCCGUCAACGACACCAUCGCCCGGCCAACCUCACCAGCAGUACCAUCCGGGACCGCAACCGUCGCCGGCUGGUGGUGGCCCACCAACGUACCAGGCCUUGCACCACCAGCAACCGACGCCGUAUCCAAUUUCGGUGUGUCCGAUGCCGCAGGUUGUACCGGCCAUUUACCAAAACAUGCAGUCGGCACCGCAGCCAAACCACCAUCAGCAGAACCUGCACGUCAUGCACGUGGCGCAGCAUCCGUCGGCACAGUAGCAUAAGUUCCCCGCUGGCGCGCCCGGUUCCAACGGUUGCCCUCCGCCACAUCCGUCGUACGCAAAAGUGUUAAAGAACUAGGCCGAUUUAGGAUCGAGAUUAUGCUGCACGGAAACACCGUAAUAUGAUCUAUCGGAACACAUGUUGUGGUAGCCGGGGUAGUGGUUCUCGAUUUAUUAAUCAUAUUUCGCACAUUUACUGCAUUUGUGCUUAGGAAAGGAAGACAAAACAUACAAUUUGAUGAGCCACGCGCUGAUGUGGAAACUAAUCGAACUGAAUUAUACACGUAAAUUGUCGUCGGUAACGUUAUUAUUCCUUUAUAGUAGCGUGACAAAUCGUACGGUGCGAAUGCGAUUUGCAACGAAAGAUAAAGAUGACGAACAAGUUGGAAGAGUAUAGACGAGCAAAGUGGCGCAUUUUACCGUCAACGAAUGCCGUCAAUGAUGCCGCUAAAAAGAAACGGUUAAACUACUUUUAGAUCUAUUGUUCAACCCAACUAGGAAGCGACCAUUGAGUGCAUGAACAAUUAUUAGUUUUUGUUUUGUAAUAACAUUAGCCACACUGGUGUGCUUGCCCGGUUGUGUAUUGGUAGCGGUGCCGGUCUUCACCAGACAGAACCGGUCCAAAAUACCAUCCGUACGUACGCUCCGUACGGACAAUCCUGCAGCGGGUAAAGAAAGUCAAAGAAAGCCUGAAAUGGCACACCUCUCUAGGUUGUUGUGCCGAGAAAAAAAAAACAUUUCCCACACCCUUGUAAGAAAAUGCUUACGUGUUUCGAUAUGUUAUGUUUUUUUUUUUUGUAUUCGCUGUAAUGUAUUUGUUUUAUUACUAUUGCGACAAACACAUUCCCCUUUUCCCGGUGGUAGAGGAACUGUUUUUAAACUUUGUUUCCCUAAAACGCCUCAUUGAAACGGUAUAACAGCGUUGAAGUACGAACGCUGGGAACGCAAUUUUUUGUUGCCCAUCAUUCAUUUGUAUUUGUGUGUGAGUAUCCAAAAGCAGAAGCUCCCACGUUCGAAUGUUUUGAACGUAUAUAAUGAAACAGAACAAAUGGAUCGCUUUAUCGAUUUAUCGACCCUAUUGAAGGUCUCGAAUGUUCGUGUAUGAAGGUUGAGAUUGCAAAUUUGAGCAAGUUCAUGUGGAUUGAAAUUUGCGGAUAAUUUGGCCGGCUCUCUUAGAUUUUGGAUAAGUGACUUUUUUGGGAUGGAAAUGCUAAGAAUACGGCAAAUCGUACUGAUUGUGUGUACGAGAGAAACGAUAGUAAAACAUAAGCAACACUCUUGUUUGUUGGCUGUUUUCUUUCUCCGUAGAGAAAUGAAGUUGUCUGUAUUCUUUUUGCUCAUAGUCAAACAAAUAAAAUAUACACUCAAAGACGAAAGCGGGAGCGGGAGAAAGAGGCAUCGUGUGAGUUAUUGAGCACAUGAACAAACGGGGAGUUCAAAUAGUUAAAUCGGGUGGGCUGUAUAAUAUAGAAGGUUGAGGGUAACGUAAGUUUGACCGCUAGAAUCCCGUCGAUGGGCUGGCACACAAAAUGGCACGAGAAAAAUCCAACAAAUGACAAGCCAAGUUUACAACAAUGUUUAAAGGACGUGUCGCAAACCAGAACAGAUAGUGGUUCAUUUUACACGGCUUUGUAAAUAGCAGCGAAUGUGCUGUGUAUUAAAAAGAGAAAAAACGAUGACGACGAACACGUGUGUGGUGUAGGAUAGUUCGUGACGAAUGCUGAACAUAAACACAACACCGGACACAAAAGCAUCCGUAUCUUAGCAAAGUAACACAUUAUUAGAUAAAUCAAAUUAAACUAAAUAGUGAUAAUGGAGCGAAUAAGCAACAACAAGCGUUGUAACGCACGGCAGUUGAUCGUGCCCGAAAACUAGUGCAACCAGUACACGUUGAAAUCUCUUAGAUUGUAAACCAGCAGCGGAUGGGCCAGAGUGAAUGAAAACAAGGAAUGUGGCGAUGAGAGUGAUUGAGCAUGGAUGUAUGAUGUAAUGUACUAGAUAAGAUAAUUAGGCAAGGGAAUUCUUCCGGUAAUAAUGCUUGUGGGGGAAAGCGUAGGGGGAAAACAAUCGGAUAUGUACAAAGCAAAAAAUAGUGAUUAGAGAGGGUCAAGCAAUUGAUGAAAGCACUAGCGGGGAGAAACUGUUCGAGCAUCGGAACCUAGUAAGGUAGGCAAAGACAGAUGUUACAUAGUACGCAAAACCGCAGAACGUGAUGAUGUUUCGAGCGGAAAGUA